GCGCAUAACCCGCCUGCCCUCCGCCUCACCUGCCCGCGCCUCCUCGCCCUCCACGCCCGCACGUCACUGAUGACACGAGGCUCGCAGUUUGUUUACACCUUGACGAAAGUGUCUCGUUGCUUCCUGCUUUAUUUGUGGUCGUGGCAGAGCAGUACAUUUAUUGGUGCAAGGAUAUAUUAUUCAUAAAGCACCAUAAUAACACCACGUUCUAAAUUGUUCACCCAAAGCAAGCCAUGGAAGCGCAGCGACUAGUUUGUUCAUCAGGCGAUUUGGUGAAAGACGCCAUGACGGAAGAUGAAUCACUGUAGAGGCGAGACGUCACGCGGGGGACGAGGUUGUUGACUGAACCGCAGGAGUGAAAGCAGAAAGGAAAUACAUUGAGGGGAAGCUGAGGUAAACAGAAAGGGAAAAAAGUAUUGAGAGCAUCCAGUGAAGAAUCCUUUCCUUCUCUUCCUGUCUCGUCCCCACAAAGAAGGUUCCAUGGAGACCUGCGUGCUGCUGCCCCGUGACUUGUGCCUGCAGAUCAGCCGAGUGGGCGCCUUCCCUUGCCUGGUGACGGCGACGAGCGUGGUGCAGGGAGUCACCUACACACCCACCUCUGGCACCCUCAGAACGGCGCGCCUGCCGCCCCUCCCACCCAUUGCCGCCUCAGAUACGAGAAACACCUGGGGCUCCUAUGAUGCCCUUAGGGAGAACCUCAGCUCCCUCCCUGCGGCCCCCAAGAGGUCGGCGCCGCUGAGGGAAUGCAACUGGGUGAGGUUCCUGAGGGUGGAGUCCCAAUACAGCGCUGAAGUGAACCUGGUGGCUGCCCUCACGCCUCAUAACACGAUUACCUUUACUGUCAUCAGGUCCCUUCCUCCUCACUGCGAGGUGGUUGCUUUCACCCUUCACCCCGAAAACCUUCCUCGUCAUCCCGCCCUUGGCCCGCCGCCCCUCCACCCGCUCCUUUCGCCCUCCUCUCCCCUCCACCUGGCGCCGGGAGUCACGCCCGACGAUACCCGGCUGGUCACCUCAGAAGGCUUUAUCCAUUCGUCAGGACCGGCCGGGAGUCCCUGCGCCAACCUGCAGCUGGAGAUGAGCGGCGCCUCUCGUCUGGUGAUGGCAGCCGCCCUCUACCGGCGGGCAGUGGCGGCCCUCAUGCACGACGCCCCGCUGGACCUGUCUCAGCCGUUGCUGGCAAGCAGGUCUGCCCUACUCACGGAAGAUGACGAGCAAAUGUUAGACUCCGAAGAAUCUCCGUCUUUCUCCAGCAACGCCGCAGACACAACCCACGGCCUGUACAGCGAGGCCAGUGUUAGGCUGCAGGAGGCCUUUACCCAGCACGACAGCUUUUCAAGGGCACUGGAGGCCAGCGCGUCGUUCGACAAGGUGUUGCCUCGUCGGCCUCGCGAGCGUUCACUUUUACCUUGCCACGUGUGCGGCAAGAUAUUCGACCGCCCGAGCCUCCUGAAGCGGCACAUGCGCACACACACCGGUGAGAAGCCCCACGUGUGUGAGGUGUGCGGCAAGGGGUUCUCCACCAGCUCCUCGCUCAACACUCACCGCAGAAUCCACAGCGGCGAGAAGCCCCAUCAGUGUGCCACCUGUGGGAAGCGGUUCACGGCGUCCUCCAACCUCUACUACCACAAGAUGACCCACGUGAAGGACAAACCGCAUAAGUGUGGUGUGUGUUCCCGCUCCUUCCCCACGCCAGGUGACCUCCGCUGCCACACUUUCGUCCACACUGGGCAGUGGCCGCACCGCUGUCCCGUAUGCGGCAAAGGCUUCAGCAAACUCACCAACCAGCGCAACCACCUUCUGCUACAUUCAGGAAUUAAACAACAACAAAGAAGUGCGGGGGUGGGUGGGCUGCGUCGAUUGGUGGUGUAGAGACAAGGCACUACCAUCCUACACCACCACCACCAUCGUUCUUCACCUCCAUCACCCCCCCACACCAUCACCACACCAGCGAAUCCUCAUCAUUAUCUCUUCCCCAGCCUCUCCGCACCCCACCACGGCACCCCAUUCCUGAGGCGCUAAAGGUGUGCAGGAGGAGAUAUACAGAAGAAAUGGGGAGUAGAUUAAGGUAAACAUGGUAAAUAACAAAAGAAAAGACUAGUUUGGUGUACCACAAGGCGAGUGGUCUUCUCAUUGUCUUUCUUUCUUUUUUUUUUUUUUUUCGAGAAGACAAUAGUGUGUGUGGAGAAGCCAACGCGGAGUGUGAGGAAGAAGAAAAGGGAGGAAAAAAGUUGGUUUUCUAUUGAGGAAAGUGAGUGUAAUACCUGUGUUUUGUUUGAAUUUUUUUUCCUCUUCUUUUCCGACGCUGAGUAAAUGUUGCAGUUGAUUCAGCAGAAGAAGGAAAAGAAAUGGUGAAUAGGAUUGAGUUUUUUAAUGUUUUGUUUUGUUUGGCGUAAGUUUACCGUACACAACUUUCCUCUGACUUAUCUUGGCAAACAAUACAGAAAAAAAAAAAAUACUUUACGAGGAAAACCAACAACACAAAUAGAGUUAAUUGAUAAAAACUAAUAAGCAAUUAAAAAAAAAAGAUAAACCCACAAUAAUUAAGUCAAAUAAAAUCUUAAUGGUAUCACCCACCCUAGUCAGCAAAUAACCUCUUUAUUAACUCAGAGAAACACGUAUUUGAUAGGCUGGGAUUUAGUGUAAGAAACCUGAGACUACGUAGGCCUACAGGGGAGUUUUCGAGGCUUCCCCCGUCGCCCCUCACAGCCUAAGGGAGGGUUGUGGGUAGGGGGGUGAGGGUUAGGCUGUACCGGACUGGAACUUGUACCCUAAGCCUUAAUCUGAUCCCUGUCUGGCCUGAAAAAAUUUGCCUGCGUCUCGUGAGAACCCGUGCCUGUGUGAAAGUAAAAGGAACACCUGGCGCCGCGAUUCUCCUCCCAUUUUCUGUUGCUCUUGCUUCGUUUUCCUCAUCCUUCUCAUCUUCCUCCUUUUCUAUUUCGUAUGUUUUGUUAUUUUCCGCCUCGUCCUUAUUAUUUUUUCCUCUUUACUUUUUAUCGUUUGUUUUUUGUAUUUUCUCUUGGUAUAUCUUAUCCUUCUAGUUCAUUUUUCGGCAUCUUUCUUCUUAUCUUCCUUCUCAUUCUCUUCUUUUUUCCUUUCCAGUGCUGUCUUUUUUUCAUUUAUUAUUGCUAUAUCUCCUACUUCAUUUUCUUUAUUUUUUUCUUCUUUUCUCCUUCAUUUCCUCUUCGUCCUCUGUUUCCCUCUCUUUUGCUGUCUUCCUAUCUUCUAAAUAGGAAGACUAUUUGCCAUCUCCUCAUUUUCUACCUCAUUCUCACAUUCUUCUUCCUAAUUCCGCCCCUUCGUUCUUGUCAUCUUUCUCCUUUAUUUCUCUCUCCUCUUCACCAUCUUUUUUUCCUCCUUGUGCUACAACCACCUCUUCAUUAUCUUUUCCUUGAUUCCCGUCUUCUUCCUUCUUUGCUCCUUCUUUUUUUCUUUUUUUUUUCGUCACCCUUUUCAUCUUUUUUCUCCAGAUUCAGACGCAA